AUCUUGCAACGUAGACCCGACAGCGGACGCCCAUUUCCGGCACAGCCCCCGUCACAUACUUAAUCGCGAAAGAAUUUAUUUCACAGUAAACAGGACCAGCAACUUCAUUGCGUCGGAUUCAGCAGGCUCAGUUGGUGUCUACGUCUCCAGCCUAGAAUCUCACAGGCCGUAACAAUGUUUAAAGUCGUCACUCAGAACAUUGUAAAAGACCUGGAUCCAAGGGGUGAGCUGAAACCAGUUGUCAGUGUCAUCGACUCCAAAACAAUAGACGUGUUGACGGUGGUGAAGAUUGUGAAGACUUCAAGGCUGUUUUUUUUUAAUGUGCUGGAGUACCACCCUACACCAGUGAGUGUAGCGGAUUUAAUCUUGCCUGGUGAUACUGUGGAUUUUGGUAAAUCUGUUCAAAACAAUAUUGGUACAAUGAACGUGAAGGGCAAUGAGGAGGCCUCGGGGCGUUUUAUGAGCAAAUCAAACUUUGUCAAAGGGAGUGUCGAAGCCAGCUGUGAAAUGAAUCGCUCCAGUGAACUUUUUUCCAGACUGGAGAAUGUUUCGAUAGACUAUACCAAACUUUACAGAGCCAUGCAGACUAGCAAAUUUGAUGAUAGCCACUCAACGAUCAUGACCUUGAAGAAUAAUCCCAAAGUUGUAGGACUCGGCGUGAUCUUCAAUGUUCUCAGGGCCAAGAAUCCUUUGUACCUGAAGCAGAACAAUCGAGCUACAGGCAGUGGAAAGUUCUCCUUGCAAGAAAUUGCCACGGCAGAUAGCAGCCUUAAGGUAGAAAGUACGAAGACGCUGAAUGUGGACGCAGGUAGUGUGUUGGGGUUCAAACUGCAGAAGAUCCCCUUAGACUUCGUAAAAGACGACGAAUGGGUGAAAAGACACGUCUGGGACCAUGAUGGAGUGCGAGAAUUUACUGAAGAAUGCCUUGCUGGCACUGUAGGCUUCUCUCAACUGAAGCAGAAGGUGGAAAAUGCAUUUCAGAUUUUCAAGAACAUGGACCAUGAUGUGAAAAUGAUGAUCUGGAGUCCCUUGUGUAAAAUAUCGAGUUGUGCUCGGACUCUCCAUGUGCUGGAUCGCAUUCUUGAAGAAGGUUUCCUGUCUGCAGAGGACAGCUCAAUUCUAGACAGUGACGCCCCACAGUUCCUGUCAGAGCUGCGGCAACUUCUGAGUAUAGUGGAACUCAAUCUUGACAUACAGUGUGACCAUCCUUUUCUCGAGCCGCUCAAUCUGCUGGUGAGCUCCCUGAAUGAAAUAGAUGAGCAGGGCGUGACCCUGAUCAGUAGACAGGACCCAGAGGUCCGGAGGCAGGUGCUGAACACGGUUGAGCAGGUACUGGAAAAUGUCUUUGAGAAGACAGAAGGAGAAGCGUGGAGCAGACUUUUUGGGGGGAGCAAUGCGAACGAGGCCAAAACUGUGCUGCAAGCCUGCGGAGUUAUCCUGGAUGAGACAAAUCCAUAUCCAGCCCUGGGGAGUCCAGGGGUUCCUGACAUUACCCUCAUAUCACUCUACAUCGCUCUGAAAGGGCUGAGCCUGCUCUUAUUGCCAUAGGCGCCCUCUGCUGGACACUCACUGCCAUUAUUUUAAAUUUUCUUUGAACUUUGAGCGGCUAAUUACUAACAGGAUUUUGCACAUUUCGCUAAGCUAAAAAUUCUUUUAGCUAAAAAUUAUCAUCAUCCUUAAGAAUGUAUUUUUUGCUGUCUUUUUCAGUGCAUGCAUAUUUAAUCCUUACUAUGCAUGGGGUCAGGGGAGUAUAUUUUUCAAAUAUAUCAGCAUAGUCAAGUUUCAACGUAGACAUAGUGUAAGAUUUAAUAUUUAGAAUUUUGUGAUAAACGGAUGACUACAUUUUAUACUAAUAUUGCAUUGUAAAAUUUCUAGAUCUAUCCACCUUCCAUGUGCAUAUCCUGGAUAGGGUCUUGAGGUUUCCAGUGACCAUGUAUACAAAGGCUCUGUAAUCGAUCAUUAGACACAUGGUGGGGCUGUGGAGCUGACCCGUCACAUGAUGCUCGGGGGAAUUAGUGCUGGUCUACUAGCUUGUGCUGUCAGACCACUGCAGAUUAUUCAAAACACUGCAACAUGUCUGAUAUUCAUUCAGCCUAAAUGCUCUCAUGCCACACCUCUUGUCUCUUUUCACUGGCUCCCUUUUUGGUGCUGUCAUCAAGUUCAAGUCCUUGGCCUUCAGAUCAUUAAUGGACCUGCACCCAUCUCCAUCAAGGAGCUGCAUAAGACCUAUGUGCCCUAUUGCCCCCUUCGGUUAGCAAACCAAUGGCAUUAGGAGCUGCCUCCUCUCCCUCACUCCAGACGGGUCUCUUCUGUGGUUCCCUGAUGGUGGAAUGAGCUGCUAAACCACUUGCAGUCAUCAGACUCCCUUUCCACCUUCAGUAAACACCUCAAGACCCAUUUGGCCCAAUGCUAGUAGAGUAGUUCCCUGAAUGAUUUUGUUUUGUGUUCCAUUUUUGACCCUUGUAUAGUCUUAUUAGGUUCUUGCUUUGUUAGAAGAUUCUGCAGCUUCUGCUCCAACACUGCUUACACCUGUACCUGGACAUUCAUCGGAAGCUCAGCCUAGCUACACUUACAGUAUGCCGAUAGCAUGUAUAUUUGUAAUGUGCUGUUUCCUUCACUUGCAUGUUGCUUUGUGUAAAGUGUCUGCUAAAUAUGUUGAAUGUUAAUAUAAAGGGCUCCUCAACAUUAAAGGAACUGAAAUCACUGAAGUAA